GCGCCUCUAGCGGCCAUAGCGGUCGCUACAAUUGUCCCCCCGGCGGGAGCGAUGGCUCCGCUGGUCAUGUUUCCUCCUUUCUCUACCACCGUCCAAAAGAAGCUUCCUUAGGUCCACUCCACCCUAACUACACCGCUUCUGACACCAUUUCGUGUUAUUAAAUAACAUAGACGUGAAUCCAACUGUGUCUUUCAACGUAGGUGAUAUUUUGCUCUUCAACCGCCAACUCUCAGUCUAACUCACUUCCUUGUCGUCACUCUCCGUCGCGGCCUGCUGACGUCAACACAAUCACACCGCAGCAGGGAAUCCCAUCUCCCCUUUUGUAAACUGAGAUGGAAAGUGCAGUGACAGUCAGCAGGGAUGAAGCCCAAACAGAUUUCACUUACUGCUAUGGAGCCAUUACAGAGGUUCAAAGAUGUGGUCCUCUUGACUUGCACAAUGGACAAAAAUUGCUCGUUUUAGUCAUUCCUGGUAAUCCUGGUGUAGUGGGCUUUUACAGAACCUUCAUACAAACGCUUUAUGCUAUGUUUGGCUGCCACUACCCGGUGUGGGCCGUAAGCCACGCUGGUCACUGCGUGCCACCUGCAUCCAUGGACAUGAUAGAAGAUGCCACAUCAGCAGCUGACUUGGACACAUUUGGUCUAAAUGGUCAGGUACAACACAAGCUGGCCUUCCUUAGGAAGCAUGUCCCAAAAGAGACAAACCUUAUCCUGGUGGGACAUUCCAUUGGCUGCUAUAUCAUUUUGGAGAUAAUGAGGAAAGAUCCCAGUCUCAAGAUUCUGAAAGCUAUCAUGCUGUUCCCAACUAUUGAACGCAUGGCCCUGACUCCCCAAGGGAAGGUCAUUACGCCUUUACUGUGUCACAUGCGGUACCUCACCUACCUGUCAAUCUUCCUGCUCUCGCUCCUGCCGGACAGACUCAAAGCCCGUCUGGUCAAACUGGUUUUUGCUGGCAUUGGUGCUCUGGAUCACUCAGUUGUCCAACCAACUGUAGGCCUACUCAGUGGAGACUCUGCAGCUAACGCUGUGUACAUGGCGAAUCAGGAAAUGAGGACAGUUUUAGCAAGAGAUAACAUGACCAUUAAGAGAAAUCUUGAAAAGUUUAUAUUUUAUUAUGGAGCAACAGAUCACUGGUGUCCUGUCCAAUUUUACAAUGAGAUCAAGAAGGACUUCCCAACAGGCGAUUUCAGACUGUGUGAAAAUGGAUUCCGUCAUGCUUUUGUUUUGGACGCAGGUCAUACUUAUCAUCUGUCCCCUGGAACAUCAUCUGCCUGGGCAUUCCUGCUGUCACCAUUUUGUUUACAUUCCACAUUCUCUUGGCUGCUAACAGUUCUCUUUUUCCGUUACCUUGCUCUAGACCAAGGGUGCUCAAUGCAUCGGCCGGUCGAUUGCAAGGCAGUCUUGGUCAAUUGCAACGGUGGGCUGACCAAAAAAAAAAAAGACAUCAGCCAUUUUUUUCUGACCUUUAGCUCACCAUGCAUGACACGCUAGUCACCGAGUUCUCCACUAUUUUAAGCCCUCACUUAAGAAAUCUUAUCAAACAUGAAUAUGGAUGCUGGAGUAAAGACACAAAGGCUGAAGUGUGGAAGGACAUCAGAGAUUGUGAGUGCUUCUCACUGCAGUUGGACGAAUCCACUGACGUGAGUGAGACAGCCCAGGUGUGCAUUUUCAUUCACAUGGUGUUUAGUGAUCAUCAACGUGAACUCAGAUAGUUACAAAAAUGUUUAUUGUUCAUUAUGUUGUAUUGCGCAAUAUUGGCUCAUGCGGUUAUGCAAGGCAAACAAACAUAUGUUUACACAAAGAAUCCUCAAUAUACUUGUAUUUUUGUGGUUGGUAGAUAUUUGUGGCUUGGUCAUUCUAUUUCAUUAUUGGUCGUUCUAAAAAAAAAAAAAAAAAAAAAAAAGACGUCAGCACCCCCCAAGUUGAUCUUGUGGUAUGAAAAGUCUGGGCACCCUUGCUCUAGCCUGUCGUUCCUGGGCCCAUAACCUAUUGAACGCAGUGUCUUGCAGCGGUAGAUUUUGUAACAGCUCUUGGAGAACUUCUUAUAUUGAGCUUUAUCCAGCCGCAUUUAUUUUCGGUAGGGAAAAUAACGUUCGGACUCGCGUUCCACUUAGCUUCACAACACUCCUUUAUUUACUGACCGGUAAAACGGAACAAGUAAAAUACAAUCCAAAUAACAGGAUAACACUGCCCUCUGCAGGACAUAUUGAGUAAGGGCGUUCAUAACACAAAGACAUUUAACAGAAGCAUAUAAUGUCUAUUUAAUGAGUGUACAUGCCCGCUUUAUUUGAGUUCAUAAGGGUAUUUGCGUGCGCCCUUUGCACGAGUUGAUCACAGUAUUUGCGUGCGCAAUAUGUUGGAGUUUAUUGCAGUAUUUCUGGAAAUUGUCAUGGGCAUUCAAAUGAAAAUAGCUGAAAGUUUCCUAGUUGGACUGUGAUCUUUGGAGAAAAUAGUUUAUUAAAUUUGCUCUCAAAAUGUCAGGAAAAAAUGCGCAGUUAAAUGAAAAACAUGUGGAUGAACAUAGAAGGUUUUAUACCAGAGCAGGAGAGCUCACAUUGUUUUGUUGAGCGCAACAUCCAGCCAUUCUGUCUUUUGUCUUCAGCAACAUUUCAGAUCACUCCACGCUAACAUCGACCUGGAAUUUCCAAAAGGAACUGAACUUUGCAGUCAAAAGUCAGCCGCUUUGAAAAAAAACACACAUAAAUGCAGAUGCACUUCAAGGAAAAAAAUGAAGCAUCCAGAGCAUAAUUUUCUCUGGGCACUUGGGUUUCCUCCCACGUCCCAAAAAUAUGCAUUAAAUGGAGACUCUAAAUUGCCCCUAGGUGUGAUUGUGAGUGCGACUGUUGUCAGUCUCCAUGUGCCCUGCAAUUGGCUGACAACCAGUUCAUGAUGUACCCUGCCUCCUGUCUGAUGACUGCUGGGAUAGGCUCCAACACACCCUUGUGAGGAUAAGCAGGUAAGAAAAUGGAUGGCUGGAUCAUGGCUACUGAUUCACAGUUGCACUCAAACCUUCAAUCUUGAGUAUUUUAGUGUUGCAUGAGAUGAGAGUUUUGACGUGUCAGACAAGCCUUUGUUGAACUCAGUCUGUGGGGAAGAUCACACAGUUUUAUUUUUUAAACAUUACUAGCCUAUAGUCUUGGUAGCAUAUCAAGGUUCUGGCGUGGCCUAGCCAGUCUCCAGACCUAAACCCAAUAGAAAAUCUUUGGAGGACCUGAAACUCCAUGUUUCUCAGGUUUUCAAAUACUUAUUUGCAGCUGUAUCACACAAAUGAAUCAUUAAAAAAAUCAUACAUUGUGAUUUCUGGAUUUUUCUUUUUAGAUUAUCUCUCUCACAGUGGGCAUGCAUCUACGAUGAAAAUUUCAGACCCCUCUAAGUGGGAGAACGUGCAAUAUAGCAGGGUGUUCAAAUACACACUUUCUUUACUAUAAUGCAUCAAAUUAUUCCUGAAGUCGUAAUGUGAUUACAGAAGUUUUGAAUGUUGGCCUAUAAUAUGAAUGUCAUUAUGAUGCCUCUGUACAUGUUUUGCACCAAACGAGCAAAGUAGUCAUGUAACCGCUACAAAACCAAUAUUGUUUGGACAUGAAUUGCACGUAUGUAAAAGUUGGUUCAUUUGAACUUUAAACUUCAGUCAUGAGUAUCUGAGUAUAGCUUUGGUUGCUCAUGCACACAGUUUACAGUUACACAUUGCACAUUUAUCACAAAUCCAAGCAAAAAAAACACAGAUCUAACACAGUAUUAGCCUUCAUGUUGAUAAGUUAUCAAUAUAUGGCUUUGUGAUAUCCUUCGUAAACACCAUCUUCUUCAGGGAACCUUUUUCGAAUGCUAUUCACCACACAAGAUGGGAUUGGGAUCCUAUUCUUUGGUCCAAGCUUUCCAUGUAUCCAAUAGGUAAACUGAUACUGCUAGUCUGUUAGACUUGUCAAUAGAUUUAAAUAAACAUUUUUAGAUACCAACAGAAAUCUUUAACACAUAUAUGUUGUGUACAUUUCAUUACAAAAUGAGUUAGUAAUUUGACCCCCCCCCCUGAUCUUGCCAUCCAUUUUCUUAGCCACUUAUCUUCACGACAAUCAUGGGAAUGUUGGAGCCUACCUCUUGAUCUAGAUUAAUCUAAAAUCUUCCAUAAAUAGGGUAUAAAUUAAUUUGAAAUAGAGCUUGGCACUAUAAUUACAUUUGAAGCUGUCAAGUAAUGAUAAAUAUUUGUAGAUAUUCCUUUUGGUGUUAAUGUACGCACAAUAUAAAAUAAUGUAAGGAUUUAUACGUGUUAUCACUUUAGGGAAGUCCCAAAAUUUUGUUUUAUCAUUUGAUAUUUCAGAUAUAAAAAAACCAUUAGAUUGGCCUACGCCGUACUCAAAAAAAUAAGCUCGCAUUUUUGGUAAACUUUGGACAUAGCCCAUUCGCAUUCCAAGAUCAUUAAAAAUUUGUACUCACCAAUUUUCCACUGGAUUUACAAGUGGUCUUGUCUGGAAAAUCUCAGUGCUCCGUAAUUUGGGACAAAAGUUGUGCUUUUCUCUGCUCAAGAAAACGUGGUAGCAAAUGUAGGAUAAACAGGGGGGAAAUGUAGGAAUAAUUGUGAUCAUAAUUAUCAUACAUUUGCGUCCAAUAAAGAAAUGCUUUGUUCUGCCCUAGAUAACGUGGCAGCCUCCUAGCAGGAGAUAGCAAGAACAAAAACAUCUAAUCAGAACUGUUAGAACUGCUGCCUGUUAAAGAAAUGAUGACCACACGUGUAUUCAGCAAUCUUCCACACAUGCACAUGGACAUGAACAAACAUUUACACCUUGUUUCUGUUUUGCUUGCCGUCUCCUUUUUGUAACAUCCAUGUAAAUAAGGGGCGUCUCAAAACUAAAUAAAUAGAGGUGCUGGGGAGAGGAUAAUCAGAGAGUGCAGUGGUGAAUUGUACGAGACAGUUCCUCUCCUCUCUCCUCGCGAGACUUGAACUGGUGUCUUUGCUUCCUUUUUUGUCCUGUUUAAUGAAUGUCUGAUUGGUGAACCUGACAGGUAGUUUCUCAGGUUAUGUGAUUAAUGAUACAAAGUCAUCAGACUUAAUCCUGUUAAAAGUUAACAAUAUCGUUCAGGUUAAUUAUGACCCUUUAAUCUUGGAGGUACAACAGUUACUAGACAGAUGGAUGAUUAUGCCAAUUUCAAUGUUGGGACGUAUAAACAUAGUUAUAAUGAGCGUUUUGCCGAAAUGUUUAUAUUUUUUCCAAACCAUACUUCUUCCAUUACCUGACUUCUUUUUCACUAGACUCAACAGAAUGCUCCUGAAUUUUAUUUGGAAUAAUAAGAAAGCCAGAUUAAGACUACAGUUGCUUUAUAUGCCUUAUGAAACUGGAGGGUUACAAUUUCCAAACUUUAAAUGGUAUUACUGGUCUGCUGAACUACGCUCAUCUAUGUAUUUUGGGUAAAAAUAGAGCAAGCAACAGUACCACACCUUCUAUUAAAGUAUUAUUUAUAUUCUGCUGAGAAUAGAGUAUUAAAACAGCAGACCAAUAUAGGGUUUGCGAGUUUGGACCCUACGCGUGUUCACGAGUCAAGGAAGAUAUGACCAAUGAUUAGAAAAAGUUAACGGCUAAUGGAUUUAUUACAAAGGAAUGUGCAGUACAGACGUCCGGGUCUUAUCUAGGUAUCUGUCGCACCGAGACGUGUGUCUUCUGGCAGGAUAGCCAAAG